AGAUAAGAAGCUGCUUUUGCUUUGAUGGCGACGGGACUGUGCGGAGACAAAGAAAAGUUCCCGAAAAGAUACGAAGAGAAAGCCCCAUUUACCAAGUUCCUGACCGCCGCCUCUGCCACGGCAGUUCUUGCUGGAACAGAAACGGACAUUUGGCAAGGUUUGUCACGAUGAAACGUCAGGCUCAAUCUCAGGCUCCCAUGGCCUGGCCAUGUCUUUACUAAUUAAGCUAUGAAAUAUUUGGCAAAGUUUCUCAUGAUGAUCGCUUCUUCUUCUUCUUACCUCAUGUGCAAGCCCAAGAAGAAGACCGCUACUGCUCAAGCGAUCCAACCCCAAAAAUCUACUACUUCUCGGUCCUCCAGAGGAAGCUCCGCCGCCGCUGCCGAUCGAUCGUCCAGCACCAACAAGACCACCGGCUCCGGCGCCUAUUUCGACGACUCUUGGCAGUCUUCUUCAAUAAAUCUGAGCCCGGGUUCGUUGCCAAGCCUCCGAGAAACCUUGCCGGAGAACCCUCACAUAUACGACUUCUCAGAAAUCUGCUCCGCCACGGGCAAUUUGUCCGCCAAAAAGUUCUCCUCCUCCUCCUCUUCCGCUUCUUGGCGCUGCGUGCUUCGCGGCAACGACGUCCUCGUCUUCCAGAGGAAGCUUCUCUGCCCGAUUUCCACCGACCAUCUCCGCGAACGCCUCUCCUUGAUCUGCAAGGGCCACCACGCCAGCUUGAUCAAGCUUCGCGGCGCUUCCGUUUCUGGAAACUACAUUUACCUUGUCUAUGACUAUGUUCACGGUGCUAACCUCGCCGAUUGCCUGAGAAACCCUAGAAACCCCAACUUUACCGUUCUUUCCAAUUGGAUGUCCCGAAUGCAGAUCGCCAGCGAUCUGGCUCACGGCCUUGACUAUAUCCACCAUAGUACGGGUCUCAGUUCCAGAUUCGUCCAUAAUCACAUCGAGAGCUCGAGCAUCAUCGUGACGGAGGAACCGCCGACGUCUCUGAACGCCAGAAUCUGCCAUUUCGGGACGGCGGAGCUGUGCGGCGAGAUUGCCAUCAACGAUGAGAAAGCGAAAGUUCUGAAGAGAUCGGACAGCCGGAAGAUGAAAUUGGAGGGAACGAGAGGGUACAUGUCGCCGGAGUUCCAGUCCACCGGAAUCGCAACGCAGAAGACGGACGUUUACGCGUUCGGGGUUGUGAUCCUGGAGCUGCUGUCCGGGGAAGAGCCUAUCAAGUACAGGUUUGAGGAUGAAGGGGGCGGGGGUUACAAGAGGAUUUCGGUGUUGGAGACGGCGAUAGAGGCGAUGGCGGAAGGCGGCGGGGGGAGGUUAAGGAGGUGGAUAGACAAGAGGCUCAAGGACUCCUACCCGGUGGACGUGGCGGAGGAGAUGACGCGUGUGGGCCUCGACUGCGUGGAGUCGGAUCCGAAUAGGAGGCCCGACAUGGGCUCCGUUGCGGGUCGGAUCUCCAAGCUCUAUUUGGAUUCGGAGAAUUGGGCACAGACGAUAGGCGUACCCGCUGACUUCAGCUUCUCAUUGGGCCCACGCUGACAUUUUAAUAUCUACAUCUGUAGUCUAUUCACCGGAGAUUUGAGAAGCCCCUUUCUUUUUAUUUAUUUUUUAUUCACACAUGAAUGAGUUGAUAAUUUUUUUUCUUUUCUUUUAAUUUUAAUUUAUAAAAAAAAUACAGCAGAAUUAGAUUGUUUCUGAUGAAUAAUAAUGAUACUUUUUAAUAGUUAAAUUUUUUUAUUACUUUUUCAGACUGAAAUGAAGGUCUAUUUUUUUUUGGAUAAGCAAGAUUAUAUUGAGAUCUAAAGAGAGGAUAACUGAUAUUUAUAAUGCUCAAAUUAGAGGUUAUUAGUUGGAC